ACGGAGAAAGUUAACCAACCAACUCGUUUUCAAAUCUUCAAUCUCUUGUUUAGCACGUGUGUAAAUUAAGUAAAUUUACUAAAAACACAAUUUAAAAUAUCCGGAGUAGUGAAACUUCGUAAAGAAGAUUAGGCAACAACGUACAGGAUACAAAAAAACAGCGUGGGUCGUUUGAAGGAGGACAAGGAGAAAGUCGCAGGGUGAGUGAGGAGAGCUUGCUUGUGGACCAGAGAAAGCAGAGGAGAAAGAAGGUGAAAUAUCGUCCAAGAUGAGAUUUACGACCAGGCUUUACUCUGCUACAGCUUGGAAAGGGACCAUCACCGGUAAGCUGGGAGAGCUCACCAAACGCUACGCUAAUUUACCAGAAGCCUACAUCCAGCGGACGGCAGAACAGGUGGAGUUUCAGACACCAAAUCGUAGAGAGUAUCAGAACAAAAAGUUGGAGCAGGGCGUCUACAGAUUUACAGCGAACCGACCUUGGACGGAUGAGUGGAAAAGACAAAAUGACAAAGCGAGAAGACCCGUGGUUGUGGAGCCAAUUAGAGAUUGGAAUUUCUUCCGAGGGGAUCGAGUGGAAGUGCUGGUGGGCAGAGAUCGGGGAAAGCAUGGCAUUGUGUCACAAGUUAUUCAAGAGCGAAACUGGAUAUUUGUCGCUGGUCUAAAUACACAUCUUCGUCGGGUCGGAUCACGCCAGGAAGGGUCGGCUGGAUUCUAUGUGAAAUCUGAAGCACCACUUUUAGUCACUAAUCAAGUUGCCCUGGUUGAUCCAAGUGAUAAUAAAACAACCAAGGUGGAGUGGAGAUUUACAGAAGACGGAGAACGAGUUCGGGUUUCUUUACGAACUGGAAGAAUUAUUCCUCUGCCUCCUUCUGGUUUUGAAACGUGGGAUUAUAAGACACCUGAGACUUAUCUGGAAGGAGACAAGGAUACGAAGGCGGAUGUCGUGAAAGCAGUAAAUUUUCGUCCCACGUUAAAAACUUUUGAAAUGGAAAUUAUGGAAUCGAUGGGAAUUAUUGAACACCGCGUGCCUAAAAAGUCGUACUGGUAUUAAAUUGAGAUGAUCAUUUCUAUAAUAAUAUAAUAAAUGUCUUCUCGUAGCGAGUACUAUUUAUAGACCAUUUUUUUACUUCUAGAUUAUUAUUUGUUAUCAUUAUGGUUUAGAUAUAGAGGGAAAUAAAAAGAUUGGGUCACUCGGUUGUCCCCUGUGGUAGCUUUUUUCCAAAUCUGAUUUUCAUUAUGAAACCCUUGUGUAGCUUGUAUGUAUUUGUAUCAAAUGUGAAAUAAAUGCUGGUUGGUGGACAGCUUGGUUGGUUUGGCUGUCCACCAGAUUUUAUGACCCAAAAGCGUAA